AAGUCGUGUUCGAGUUGUGUUCAGGAGUAGACGCAUUUUAACAUCGGAAAAGAAAAUAUUUGAACCAGUUUUAAUUUUUUUAUUUAUUUUCUAUUCUAAGCUGAAGUGAGUUGGAUGAAAGUUUAACAUAAAAAUUACAAAUUAAGCUAUGCGUCAGUGCAAUUAAUUUAUGAAUUAAGACUUCUUGAGCCACGCACGACAAUCCAAUUUCAUGAUAGAUAUCUACGAGAAGUUAAUAAGAAGAAGAGAGCAAAGAAAUGUGUAAAAAUCUUUGAAUGUAAUAAGAAUAAGAAAGAAAAAAAAUCAAAAUGAAAUUCAAAAUUGUAUGAGUAAAACCAUAAAGAAUAAGAAGACAGAGAAAGAAAAAGUCUUGAAAGUUUCUCAAGUCUACAAAAAAAGAAGUUGUAUUAAUUUCUCAACUGAUUUGUGUUGGUAUUUAUGUUUCAUCAAAAGUUGCAUUGAAAAGAAAAUAAAACAUAAUUAAACGAGCCAAUAGAGAAAUUGUUUUUGUCAUCAACAAGAUUUUUUUGAAUUGGCUUAUUGGAUUAUUUGCGGUGUGAAACAGAAGCAAACAAAAAUAAACAGGCUGAAUGCGAUGCGUGAAGUGUAAAAUUACAUGCAACAUCGUAUUAUCCUAGAACAGUUCACAAGAAUACAUUCUGCAUGCCUCUAGUCGAUUAAAUUUAAUGACGAAUCUGCUCAUGCGGCGCAACAAAAGUGUUUGGCAAUUCAUCUUUAUAGAACAAAAUUAAAAGCAGCUUGACAGCAGCAUACACCACAAAAUGUCUGAUGAUGUGAUUCAAUGGUGCAAAAAAGAUGAACACAAACGUGCGUCUGCUUCGUACACAUUACUUCCCAUUCAUCAUGCGUCGUCUGAAAGCUCUCACGCCCAGGAUGACCGACUUAGUUUAAAAUUUACUCAAAAGCUUCGCCAACAUCGUAAUCGUUAUAAAAUAAAUCGUGAUAUUAGAGAUGUAAGGAGAACGUGUUCAGAUUCCGUUGAGUCCGAACGAACGUGCGUCAGUUCAUUCACACAUCCGUUAAGAUUUAGCAAAAGUUAUCGAUUACUCAACUUAUGUCUCAUGCUUUUAUUACAUAUAAUCUGUAAUGAAUUCAUAACAAGGGUGAACUGUGAUGAAUUAUACGAUAUUGAAGGAGCGCGUGGACAUUACACACAUACAUGGGCUGUGCAUAUUCCUGGUGGUGAUGAGAUUGCUGCAAAAGUGGCUGAAGAUCACAACAUGCACUUGAGAGGAAAGAUUUUUGAUGAUCACUACCAUUUCGAACAUAAAUCACUUACAAAGCGAUCCAUUGAGCCAUCGAAUCAUCACCAAAGACGUUUAGACGAGGAUGGACGUGUAGUCUGGUCGAAACAGCAGCGAGCAAAAUCGCGUCAAAAGCGAGACUUCACACGACUGAAACCAGUCAAGUCAUUGGCAACGCUUCUAAAUGAUCCAAAGUGGCCGUCAAUGUGGUAUUUGAAUCGUGGUGGUGGCUACGAUAUGAACGUUAUACCAGCAUGGAAGGAAGGAAUAACUGGCAAAGGAGUUGUUGUGACGAUUCUUGAUGAUGGAUUGGAGACAGAUCAUCCCGAUCUCGAAAGGAAUUAUGAUCCUGAAGCAAGUUACGAUGUAAAUAGCCACGAUGCAGAUCCCAUGCCUCACUAUGACUUGACAGAUUCAAAUCGACAUGGAACACGAUGUGCGGGGGAGGUAGCAGCCACUGCCAAUAAUUCUCUUUGCUCGGUUGGAAUCGCUUUUAAUGCGAAAGUCGGAGGUGUCAGAAUGUUGGACGGCGAUGUAACAGAUGCAGUGGAAGCAGCGUCGCUUGGGUUGAAGUCUCAACAUAUUGAUAUUUACAGUGCCUCGUGGGGACCCGAUGAUGAUGGGAAAACUGUCGAUGGCCCCGGAGAAAUGGCAACCAAAGCUUUUAUUGAUGGAGUAACGAAAGGCCGUGGCGGCAAAGGAAACAUCUUUAUUUGGGCUUCAGGAAAUGGUGGCCGUGAACAAGAUAAUUGCAACUGUGAUGGUUACACAAACUCAAUAUGGACAUUGUCAAUUUCUUCGGCAACUGAAUUCGGUGACAUUCCAUGGUACUCUGAAAAGUGCAGUUCAACAUUAGCGACAACGUACAGCAGCGGUCAACAAAACGAGAAACAAGUAGUGACAACUGACUUACAUCAUAUGUGUACGUCAUCACAUACGGGAACAUCAGCAUCGGCACCGUUAGCAGCGGGAAUUGCUGCUCUUGUUCUUGAAGCGAAUCCAAAUUUAACGUGGCGUGACCUCCAGCAUAUUGUUGUACGUACCGCCAACCCAGCAUAUUUGGGCAAAUCACCAACUGAAUGGACAACAAAUGGCGUCGGCAGGAAAGUCAGUCAUUCAUUCGGCUACGGGCUAAUGGAUGCCGCAGCUAUGGUUCGCUUGGCACGUGUUUGGGAAACUGUUCCUGAACAACAACGCUGUGAAAUUCAUUCGCCCCACUUGGACAAACCAAUUCCACCAAGACGAAAUGUUACAUUCACAUUGAAAGUUGACCAUUGUAAAGGCGUUAAUUUCUUGGAACACGUCCAAGCAAGAAUUUCUUUGACCACUCAAAGACGUGGUGAUAUCGUCAUUUAUUUAACAUCACCAUCUGGUACGAGGACGUGUUUGCUAACUGAAAGAAUUCAUGAUGUUUCACGUUCGGGCUUCAACGAUUGGCCUUUCAUGACCGUCCAUCAAUGGGGCGAAUCACCCCAAGGUAUUUGGGAGUUGGAGAUUCACAACAAGGGUCGUUAUAUGGAAUUUGCCCUAAUUCGCGGUUGGACGCUGGUACUUUAUGGAACUGUGAUUUCACCACAAAAGAAUGAUGAACCGCGACAAUCAUCAUCAAUGCCUGGUUUAAUAUACAACAGCAACACAUUUUAUCGACCGAAUACAAAUAAUUAUGGAACCACUAAUCCUUACAUAAAUAGAAAUCAGCAAACGUUGCAGAAGUCAACGACAGUGCCUGCACAAUCGCCAGCUCGAAAAAAUGGCAAACAGAAGAACAAUAGAAAGGGUAAUAAAAACAAUCAACGAACGACGACUACGCCGAAACCUAUUUAUACAACCGUCAUGCUGAAUCAGUUCAGUGUCGGUGCUAAAUCAACAAAAAAUAAAUCGAAAAUCAGUCAAAGUGUGAGUAGCACGAAUUAUGGCCGGCCAACAUCGACAAUACGUCCAAGAACGACAGCCAGAAUAACUCCGGUGAAGUUUGACUACAGUGGUGGUAAAAAUAAUUUAUUUAGUUCACAUGCUGAUAAGCUUCAACCAGCAAAUUCAAAUAUCUUCGAAAAAUCACCUGGCAAAGCGCCAAAGCAAGUCAAAGAGACAAUUCCAUCAUCAACUCUUAGUCCAAUGUCGAAAAUGUUUGAACGCUAUGAGAAAAUUGAACAAAUUUAUCCCGAACUUAAACCGUACAAGGAUAAUAACAGCCCCACAUAUUUCACUGUCACAAAUGGAAAACCAUCAAGAGAAAAUUCCAAGUCAUUUAGUAGUGGAUUGGUGUCGAUGAAUUCCGCACCUCAAAAGAAAAAUAGUCCAAGUGAUAUAUUGACAAUGACACCCCAACAAGUCAUCGCUCAAGCUGCUAAGGAAAAAGAUGGAAAGGUUCAGAUAACUCAAUGGAAUCUAAUAUUUCAUGGUACAAACGACCCUCCCCAGAAAAACGAUCCGCCACGAUUAGGAAAGAAGAAGACUGUCAAUGAUUUAGUCCAUAACUCGCUAGAAAACUCACAGUGGGGCUUUAUAACGCAAGACGUGACUGAUGCUGACGCUCACUUAGAUGUUCAACGAACUGUAGAUAGAGACCGCACGACCAGUUCAUCUUGUCAAAGAUAUUCCGAUUUCAAUAAAAACUAUUGUCUAGAGUGCAAAUCCUCGUUUCUUUUCGCUGGAAAAUGCUUCGAUGAAUGUCCUGAGCGAACAUUUAUUGUCCCCGAGAGAGUAUCUACUAGUAACAUUAGAUCAAAGGGCUUAUCGUUACGGAAACGUGGAAUGAAUGUCGAUGAGUUCGAUAAUCUAAGUGACAUCCUAGGUCGCAGCGAAUCUCUCGUUGAAAACCGAGCAGUGAUGCUUGCAUCGAAUCAAAAAAUGUGUGGAUCGUGUCAUGAAUCAUGUUUAAAAUGUACUGGAGAGUUAGACAGUGAUUGCGUGUCUUGUGAUGAAAACUAUAAUCAAAUUAUUAUCGGAUCGAACAUCAAUUGCGUUCGUAAAAUGAACAACACAACAACUUCACUCCUUGAAAGCAUCGAAAAUGAGCUCAGAAAUUAUUCCACACUGAAAAUUAUUCUCAUAAGUUUAGCAAUCGGUGUUUUGUUAUUCAUUACAUGCAUUUCCAUUUACUUAUUGUGCAGAAAAUAUAAUUUCGUCAAAACGUCACAACAAGAUCGUGACACUAACUUCUCAAACAAAUAUUCAUACAACCAACUUUUGCAGGAAAGUGAGGAAAUUAUAUUUUCAAAAUCACCAAACAUUCCCAUCAAACUUUCAAAUAACUAUGACGACGACGAUGACGAUGAUGAAAGUGAUGAUGAAGAAGAACAACGCUUGAAAUUAUGAAGACAUUCGUAAAUUUUAAUUUCUUUAACUUUUUUAUUUAAUUCUUAGUUUAACUUUAACUUUGUAGAAUAAACAUUUGUCUGUAGACUAACGGGAGUUGUUCAUGCACCAGCUCACAAUAGAUUUUUUAUUCCAUAAAUAACAUUAAAAAAUGUAUGCUGUGACAUUUUCCAUUUGAACAAUCCCAAACUGAUUUUGACGACAAUAAAUAUUUGUUCUGUC